GGCUGUGUAGCACACCCAGCUCACUCCUGCCCUACUGGGACAGGGGCUGGCCGGCGGGAGACACUAAUUAAUUAUGAACAGGGAGAUGUCCCUUUAAGGUCUGCUGUGCUCUCCGAGAGCUGCAGCCGAAGUAUUUAGUGAGGAAGAUUUGGCUUUAUUUGUACAUCCUAACGCUGGGCUAAUUCAACGGGGAGGUUUCCAAAACUCAGAGACCAUUAGAGGGGUGGGCGGAGGGGCGAAACUGUGCGGUGGGAGGAAGCUAAAUUCUCCUUAAUGCGAAGAAGCAACGUAAAGACUGGAUAACAAACAGGAAAUGCCUAACUCGGCUGCGAGGCGGACGGGCGGUGCAGAGCGCUGAGCUCCCCCGGCAGCGCAGCUCCGCCGGGCGCGCCGGCGGCAGGACCGCUCCCGCCACCGCUGCCCUCCGCCCGGGCUCCCGGCCCCGGCUCGCAGGAGCCCAGGCAUGGCUGCCUCCUACUGGAUGCUGACAGCUCUCUUUCACCUUGUUUGCACUUCCAAUGUUGACGUGAAAAAUGCACUGACCUUCAGUGGGCCCCUGGAAGACAUGUUUGGGUACACAGUCCAACAGUAUGAAAAUGAGGAAGGGAAAUGGGUACUUAUUGGUUCACCACUAGUUGGCCAACCUGAGAAAAGAACAGGCGAUGUCUACAAAUGCCCUGUAGGAAGGGAGAGCCCAUCACCCUGCACAAAACUGAACUUACCAGCUUCUACUUCAGUUCCUAAUGUUGUGGAAGUAAAAGAAAACAUGACUCUUGGAACAACCUUAGUGACUAACCCAAAAGGAGGGUUUCUGGCAUGUGGACCACUUUAUGCUUAUAAAUGUGGACGUUUGCAUUACACAACUGGAGUUUGUUCUAAUGUCAGCUCCACUUUUGAAACUGUUGAGGCCAUUGCUCCGUCUGUGCAAGAGUGUAAAACCCAGUUGGACAUCGUCAUAGUCCUUGAUGGGUCCAACAGCAUUUAUCCAUGGGAGAGCGUCACAGACUUUCUGAACAGCCUCCUGAGAAACAUGGAUAUAGGUCCUCAGCAAACACAGGUUGGAAUUGUUCAGUAUGGACAGACUGUAGUCCACGAGUUUUUCCUGAAUACAUACUCAACAACAGAAGAUGUGAUGGCUGCAGCCUCGAGAAUCCGCCAGCGGGGCGGCACGCAGACCAUGACAGCCCUGGGGAUAGACACGGCCAGGGAAGAGGCUUUUACUGAGGCUCAUGGUGCACGAAGAGGAGUACAAAAAGUAAUGGUUAUUGUGACUGAUGGGGAAUCACAUGACAACUACAGAUUACAAGAUGUGAUUGAUGAUUGUGAAGAUGAAAACAUUCAGAGAUUUGCUAUUGCUAUUCUUGGCAGCUACAGCAGGGGAAAUUUAAGUACUGAGAAAUUUGUAGAGGAAAUAAAAUCAAUUGCCAGUAAGCCUACUGAAAAGCAUUUUUUCAAUGUCUCAGAUGAAUUAGCUCUUUUAACCAUUGUUGAAGCACUUGGAGAGAGAAUAUUUGCCCUGGAAGCAACAACAGACCAGCAGGCCUCCUCUUUUGAAAUGGAAAUGUCUCAGGCUGGUUUCAGUGCUCAUUAUUCUCAGGACUGGGUCAUGCUUGGAGCAGUUGGAGCAUAUGACUGGAAUGGCACAGUGCUCAUGGUGAAGGACAGUGGUAUUUCAAUGCCAACUAAUGACACCUUUCGGGACAGGCGUACAGAAAGAAAUGAACCUCUUGCAGCCUACCUAGGAUAUACUGUGAAUUCAGCACUGACACCUGGAGGUGUGCUGUACAUCGCAGGACAGCCAAGAUACAAUCACACUGGCCAAGUUAUCAUUUACAAGAUGGAAGGAAAACAGGUGCAAGUGAUUCAGAGAUUAAAUGGAGAACAAAUUGGAUCGUACUUUGGGGGUGUUAUUACCACAGUUGACAUCGAUAGGGACUCAUUUACAGAUCUUCUUCUUGUUGGAGCUCCUAUGUAUAUGGGAACUGAGAAAGAGGAGCAAGGGAAGGUAUAUGUUUAUAGUCUGAAUAAGACAAAGUUUGAAUAUCAGAUGAGUCUUGAACCUGUAAAGCAGACGUGCUGCUCGCCACUAAAACAGGACACCUGCAAAGUCCUUAAGAAUGAGCCCUGCGGUGCACGCUUCGGGACGGCGAUUGCUGCCGUGAAGGACCUCAACCUGGACGGGUACAAUGACAUUGUCAUAGGCUCUCCCUUAGAAGAUGACCAUCGAGGAGCUGUUUACAUUUAUCAUGGCCGUGGCAAAGCAAUCAGUAAAAAAUAUUCACAGCGUAUUGCGUCAGGUGGAGAUGGGGAAAAAGUGAAAUUUUUUGGCCAGUCUGUGCACGGAGAAAUGGAUUUAAACGACGACGGGCUGAUCGAUGUUACCAUCGGAGGCCUUGGUGGGGCUGCCCUCUUCUGGUCUCGUGAUGUGGCUGAAGUAAAUGUUUCCAUGCAAUUUAUACCUAAAAGCAUCAAUAUUCAACAACAAAAUUGUCAGAUAAAUAUUAGAAAAACCAUUUGCAUAGAAGCCACAAUUUGUUUUAAGACCAGACUAAAGUCAAAAGAAGAUAUAUUUGAAUCCAGUCUGCAGUAUUGGAUUACCCUUGAUGCACAAAGACAGAUAUCUCGAAGCCUGUUCACGGAAACCCAUGAGAGGAAAAUGCAAAAAAAUAUAACUAUCAAAGGGUCAGAAUGUACGAAACAUAACUUCUACAUGUUGGAUAAGCCUGAUUUUCAGGAUUCGGUAAAGGUUUUGCUGGAAUUCAAUUUUUCUGAUCCAGAGAGUGGACCUGUUCUUGAUAGCAACUUGCCAAAUUCAAUAGCAGAAUAUAUUCCUUUCACAAAAGAUUGUGGAGCCAAAAAUAAAUGCAUUUCAGAUCUUGUUCUGAUUGUAAAAGCAAGCAUAGCUGGAGACAGAUCUUCUCCAUUCAUUGUAAAGUCACGCAAUGAUAAGUUCACCAUCCAGCUCUCUGUGAAGAACAAAAAAGACAGUGCCUAUAAUACCAGAGUUUUGGUUCAAUAUUCUCCAAAUAUUAUUUUUGCUGGCAUUGAGGAUAUACAGAAAGAUAGCUGUGAAUCUAAUCACAAUAUCACCUGUAAAGUGGGAUAUCCAUUUCUAAAACCUGAAGAAGAGAUUUCCUUCAAAAUAUCAUUCCAAUUCAACGCAUCAUAUCUCCUGGAAAAUGCUACUAUUCAUGUGUAUGCAACAAGUGACAGUGAAGAACCACCUGAGACCCUGAAUGACAACAGAGGACAUGUUACAAUUCCAGUAAAAUAUGAAGUAGGAUUAAUAUUUGUAAGUGUUUUCAAAGAGCACCAUGUUAUAAUUGCAGCAAAUGAUACUGUCCCUACUGCUAUUAACACAACAGAGCAGAUCGGGGAUGAAGUUACUCUACAUUACAGGAUUGAAAAAGGUGAACACUUUCCAAUGCCAAACCUCACACUACAGAUCUUAUUUCCAAAUGUAACAGCUGCCAAAAACACUCUUCUCUACCUUACUGCAUUGUCACAUUCCCAGAAUGCCAUCUGCCAAACUAGUUACCCUGUAGAUCCCUUAAAGAUUGGCACUGGGAAGCCAUUUGUGUUGUCAAAAAUAAAAGAACCUACAAGGGACACAAUUAUGGACUGUGAUACGUACAGCUGUGCCUCUAUUAAUUGUGCCCUGGUCCCAUCUGACAUAUAUCAAGUGAAUGUUUCACUGAGAGUAUGGAAACCUACCAUCAUAAAAGCCAGUAUUCACAGCUUAACCCUUGUUGUAAAAGCAUUACUUAGGAGCGAGAACUCAUCACUGAUUUUGAGAAAUGACCAUCAAAAACUGGAGACCAUGAUUAAGAUUUCCAAAGAGCACCCACCGGGUACAGUCCCCUUAUGGGUUAUCCUCCUGAGUAUCUUCGCUGGACUCUUGAUUCUUGCACUGCUUAUAUUUGCUCUGUGGAAGGCUGGAUUUUUCAAAAGGCCAUUAAAGAAGAAAAUGGAGAAAUGAAAAAAAGUUAAAAGCAGAAAUUUUUGCUCAGGUCUGCCUCCAAAAUGUUACUGUAAAAUUAUAAACUUAGAUGCAGUGAUUACAAUGCUUUCUAAAUGCUGGUGCAUGAAAAAACCCCAAGAAACAGAAAAACAAGAAGAAAAUCAAGCACAUAUGCAAAGAAAUUAUGAAAAAAAAAGAAAAAAAAAAAGGAUAAACAACUUUGCACCAUUUUGUGAUCUUCAAGAAUGUACCUUUAAGCGUUACUCAUUUCUGGAGGGUAACUGCAUUCAAAGAUUGUAACAUUUUUUAAUAUGGAAAGUUUGUAAUCAUAUUUUUAUAUACCUAUGUAUGUGGAAUCAUUUUUCAUUCCAAAUUACACAAUAAGUCAGCUUGUGUGUAGCAAUCCCAGUCUUUUUUAUCACCUUACGAUUUUCAAAAGGAAAAUGCAUAGUUUUCAAAAUUCCCUCCUAAUGUCGGUUCUGUGGAAGCAGAUUCUCAGUUCACAAGGCAGAAAAUGCAAACUUUGAGAAUGCACCAAAUACUGUGUGAUAGCUGAUGCAACGGCAACUCAGAAGACAGAAGCACCUCCAGAAUAUUGGGUGAAAAUUACUGAAACACCGUGGAUUUCUCUUUCUGCUCAUUUUAGCACGUCCAGCUGAACGACAGAUACUCCAAGAAAGAGAUUUUUAUGGUCAAGUGGACCAUAAACGGUUGAUCCAUUAAAUCACAUAACUGUUUGAACUUGAAAUAUAUUUUUGGCAGGCCUAAAAAUGCGCAAAUCAUUCAAGCUCGUCUGAUUGCACACUGUACUCAAAUAAGCGGGGGCAUAAUUGUAUCUGCAAAUUGAAAUGUCCAUAUUUAUAUGGAAAAUGUUUAGAGGCAUCCUGAAAGUUUGACUCUUGCUGUAUAUCUUGGAGUAGCCAGCAGGGUGCUUCAUAAGCUGUCACUGUAAAUUUCUUGUGUAGCUAUUUAAUCCAAUGAAUUUAAAGUGUACAAAAUGAAAACUAUCAAAAGAGCACAGAUAGGAAAUUUAGCACUGGCAAGCUGCUUCUAGUAUUAUAAAUCACAGCUCAUCUUUAUUACUUAGGAAUUUAAGAAGUGAUGAAGAAUUUGCAUACUAAAUAAGCACUUAAAAAUGAUGUUUAUUUUGUGUCAAAGAUUAAAAGUUUAUAUGAGAAUACACUGAAA